GUUUGGAGUUAUAUUUAAGGCACUAGCGUGUCGACGCGCGGCCCGGAACGCAAAUGGCUUCGAACGAAAACACCAUAAACGAGCCUGAGGACCUUAACUGGCUCACUGGUUCUCGCGCCCUCAAGAUCACCAAGGCCGGUCUGCGAGGCCUUGUUGAAAACGGCUCCUGUAACGUCCAGCAAAACAUUCACUCGUCAGUCAUCCAGGCUAAAAAACUCACUGCUGGAACAACCUGCAGCCUUUGUCGGACAGAUAAUAUCUUACCGUGUCCUACAAAAGGACUGUGCUCAAAUCCUCGAAACUGCAAGUACCACAACAAUCCAUCGAAUAUAUACCGGCCAUGCCCCUCAAAUAUAUGCGAUGACUUUCGAGAUGAAAUAAUUAAAGUUCAUAAAUACGCUAGACCCUCUUGGAAGAAUUCCAAGGCCGACCAAUGGUGUACGAACCAUUGGGAGGUAGCCAAAUGCUUUAUGCCACCUGACGGCUAUCACGAUGUGACUUCGUACGACGAUACAGACUUCAAUGGUAUCAUAAACGUUAUGAUCAACUGCAAUGAGUUCCAAGCGAGUAUGUCGUUCACUAUUGACAACCAGCCCAAUGCCUUAACUGAGGCUCGUGAUGUAGGCCGCAAAAUUCGCCAUUCCCCGGAUCUCAAGGUGAAAGACACAGACCUAGCUGACUACUUCGCCACUCUGAACACCCUUCUGACAGACUCUAAAGUUCUGGCUAGUGACAAGCAUGCCCAGCUAGCUGUCAUUAAACUGAAACAGCUUGAAAAAGACGUUCGUGAAACUAGAGCAGAACAAAGAGAAGAUCUUCGCCAACGACUGGUCAAGUACUACCAGAAGCAGCUCAACAGCGCGCCUAUAUCGCCCUUACUGUCGCACAAGGACGAGAAGCUGGACAAAUUUUACGUCCCUCCAAAGAUCGUGGAGAAAGACCAUAAAAGACUUAGAGGCGAUUUUCCUAUUUCCUCGUACAAAACAAAUUUCUUUAAAGAUGAGGGAUUGGGCAAAACUGUUUUCGUCGUGGGUGAGGCCGGGAUGGGAAAAUCAUCAUUUUCAGCUAUGUGUACUUUGAAGUGGGCUUCACAGUUGUCUGUACCGAAUAAAGACAACCCGGAAAAGGGUUCAGAUCAAGGUGAAGAGGAAACGCCACUAUUUGACGAUCCCGAAGUUGAACGUGAACUAUUAGACUUUUUAAAAAGCAUCGAGUUUAUGUUCCACCUUAAACUAAGAAAUAGCUGUGAAACCUGCGAGCUGUCAGAAAUGAUUAAAGAGCAGCUGAUCCACAUGAUUUACAAGGCAGAUUAUGAAAGAGCCGCUGGCUACGACACUGUGGUUCGUGUUUUGACAGACCAAAAGUGUAUGAUCAUAGCCGAUGGAUUGGAUGAAUGGUUGCACCCUAAAACGGAGUGUAAAUGUUCGAAAAAAGACAAAGCUAUCCCUCAUUUAUCGACCAGUGAAGAUGCAACUGUGUUGAUUACAUCCAGACCAUGGCGAAUGUCAAGGUAUCCCGUGAAAGACACUCUAGUAGGCAAAUACUUUGAAAUACAGGGUGUAGCUAGUACAAAGUUAUUGGUUCAGAAAUUGUUGGUUUGCCUAAAUGAGAGAGUGGCAGAAAAGAUGAAAGAUGAUGAUUUUUUUCUCUUUGUUUCCAGAAAGAAAUUAGAUCAUCUAAUCUCUGUACCUAUCAUUCUAAUGCUGCUAGUUUGUCUGUGGUUUGAGGGAGUACCUGAAUCAUUGUCUAUGUGUAACAUAUAUGCAUACAUGCUGGACAUGAUGUUUGGGAAUAAAGCGCGCCCUAUGCUUCGUGUUUCAUCCGAAAGCAAGCCUUUGCUACGAUGUUUCGAGCAAACUGGACAUGUACAAAGGUACUACAAUAUCGUUUUGAAGCUGGCUCAAUUUGCCUUUGAAACAUUAUUUUUAACUGAACGAAAAUCAUCCCUAGUGUUUCAAAAUAUUGACUGUUUGACACCAGAAGAGCUCCAGGUCGUUCUGAAUUCGGGUUGCAUGCGAGAAACAAAGUCUCCAUCUUUAAUAAGAGAACUAUCUAGUUUCUCGUUUAUCCACAAAACUGUACAGGAAUUCCUUGCUGCAGUUCACAUUGCCUACCAUACUAAAGAGAUUAAACGAGUAAUGAAGCCAUAUUAUGAAGUAGUUCAGGAGAUUUUAACUUCAGAUAAAAUCUACUGGGAGAACCUUUCAAUGGCAUCACAUGACACAUCAAAGGUCUUUAUAUACAUGUGCGGCCUGAACAGUGAAGCUGCAAAAGAUAUGUCUGCCAUGUUGUCACUUGGUAUACUGAAUCACCCUGCCUGGGAUUAUGAUUUGGUUUCACACGAUGUUAAUCUGGCAGUACAGGAAAUAAUUUGUUCUGGUUAUAGAGAGGCCAAAGCCAACAAUGUACGGGAUAUUCAACUGUCUCUACAUAGUUUUUCUAUUGAUGGUUCAACUAGAGAUGUUGCAACCUUAAAGAUCUUGCUAUCGAUGAACAAGUCUCAGAUAAGACACAUACAAAUCAUGGGACAAGAGGAGAUCAGCGAGGAAGAACUCCAGGAGGUGUUCACCAACUCAACUGACGCUCUAACCAUUGAAAUACGGCAACGUGCUGGACAAUAUGACCUUUCUGCUUGCAGCCGUCUACAACAUUUGGUUAUUGAUGGGUCUAAAAUAUCAAACAUCCUAAUCAAUACGAAGUGUUUAGUUUCAUUGGCUGUAUAUAAUGUUUCGGAAAAGGUUGAAUGUAGUCUUCUUCAGUCGUUAAAACAGUAUUGUGAAAAUUUGAAACGAUUCGACAUAUGCAAUCUUACAAACACAAGCUUAUUUUGUCAGACACUACCCAAGCUGAAUCAUUUAGAAACGUUGUCUAUCGAGGAGACAACCCUCGGUGAUAACCCACUUCACCUCCCGCCCUCUGUCACAAUUGUUAUAUUAACCCGUGUGACAGUGUCCGCGCAGUCUUUGAGGGAGAUGGUGGAGAGGGUGGUGAACUGCUCUCAGGCGGUGAGGUGUUUGCUCAGCAUGUGCAUUGUGGAACCAAUUACAGAUUUCGAAGAAAUUAAACAGACGACUCGAACAAGAAAAAUAUUUUCAUAUUGUUGAUUGUAAAAGAAUAUAGGAAACCAGUUUCUGUCUGUGUUAGAUCGCAAAAUAUUUCACUAAGUGAGCACCGAAAACUGUAUUUUAUUGACGCAGCCACUAAUAAAAAUGUGAACUGUU